CCUUCUCUUUAUAAACCCGCAGUCCCCGGAUGUGAAUGGAUUACAAUGUAUCUUUCAGGGAAACCUAUUAUUAUCAAUGUGACUCCACGGGGGAGUCAAUGGUGAUGAUGAUGAGGAGGAGGAUGAUGAUGAGACACCUCUAAACUUGGAACAAGUUUAAGACUUUAUAAGAGGAGAAGAAAAAAAACCCAACCAACAAGAUUUGUUUGAGGAACAAUUAUAACUAUCCUGUGUCGAUAUUUUUUUAUAAACAAUAAGAAAAAGUUGUUGGAUUUUUUUAAUGCUUUCUUUUUGGGGGGAGGGAAUUUUGUUGCAGUUUUAUGGUGGAAAAUGCAAAAACCAGACCCAGGUGCAUAAUCUUGUAAUCUGUGGAUAUCCCUGGAGCAGGACUGAGUACCACUUUAAAUACUUUUUUGGGGGAUACACAUGUGAGAUACUAAGUACUUGCAGAAGAUUUUUGUCUCUUUUUAAAGUCUCUUUCCUUGGAAUAUUGUGAGAAUAUUUGUGGCCAUUUAAGGUUUGUGUGAUUUUGCUAAAAUGCAUCACCAACAGCGAAUGGCUGCCUUAGGGACGGACAAAGAGCUGAGUGAUUUACUGGAUUUCAGUGCGUUCCCCACAAUAAUGGAAACUCACCCCAGUGGAAAGGAAAAAACAGACACCCCUAAAACUAUGUUUUCACCUCCUGUGAGCAGUGGGAAAAAUGGACCAACUUCUUUGGCGAGUGGACAUUUUACUGGCUCAAAUGUAGAAGACAGAAGUAGCUCAGGGUCCUGGGGGAAUGGAGGACAUCCAAGCCCAUCCAGGAACUAUGGAGAUGGGACUCCCUAUGACCACAUGACCAGCAGGGACCUUGGGUCACAUGACAAUCUCUCUCCACCUUUUGUCAAUUCCAGAAUACAAAGUAAAACAGAAAGGGGCUCAUACUCAUCUUAUGGGAGAGAAUCAAACCUACAGGGUUGUCACCAGCAGAGUCUCCUUGGAGGGGACAUGGAUAUGGGCAAUCCAGGAACCCUUUCGCCCACCAAACCUGGCUCCCAGUACUAUCAGUAUUCUAGCAAUAACCCCCGACGGAGGCCUCUUCACAGUAGCGCCAUGGAGGUACAGACAAAGAAAGUUCGAAAAGUUCCUCCAGGUUUGCCAUCUUCAGUCUAUGCUCCAUCAGCAAGCACUGCCGACUACAAUAGGGACUCGCCAGGCUACCCUUCCUCAAAACCAGCAGCCAGCACUUUCCCUAGCUCCUUCUUCAUGCAAGAUGGUCAUCACAGCAGUGAUCCUUGGAGCUCCUCCAGUGGGAUGAAUCAGCCUGGCUACGGAGGAAUGUUGGGCAAUUCUUCUCAUAUUCCACAGUCUAGCAGCUACUGUAGCCUGCAUCCACAUGAACGUUUGAGCUAUCCAUCACACUCCUCAGCAGACAUCAAUUCCAGUCUUCCUCCGAUGUCCACUUUCCAUCGUAGUGGUACAAACCACUACAGCACCUCCUCCUGUACACCUCCUGCCAACGGGACAGACAGUAUAAUGGCAAAUAGAGGAAGCGGGGCAGCAGGCAGCUCCCAGACUGGAGACGCUCUGGGGAAAGCACUUGCUUCGAUCUAUUCUCCAGAUCACACUAACAACAGCUUUUCUUCAAACCCUUCAACUCCUGUUGGCUCUCCCCCUUCUCUUUCAGCAGGCACAGCUGUUUGGUCAAGAAAUGGAGGACAGGCCUCAUCAUCUCCCAAUUAUGAAGGACCCUUACACUCCUUGCAAAGCCGAAUUGAAGAUCGUUUAGAAAGACUGGAUGAUGCCAUUCACGUUCUCCGGAAUCAUGCAGUGGGCCCAUCCACAGCUGUGCCUGGUGGGCACGGGGACAUGCAUGGGAUCAUCGGACCCUCUCAUAAUGGAGCCAUGGGUGGUCUGGGCUCAGGGUAUGGAACCGGCCUUCUUUCAGCCAACAGACAUUCACUCAUGGUUGGGGCCCAUCGUGAAGACGGCGUGACCUUGAGAGGCAGCCAUUCUCUCCUGCCAAACCAGGUUCCAGUUCCACAGCUUCCUGUCCAAUCUGCAACUUCCCCUGACUUAAAUCCACCCCAGGACCCUUACAGAGGCAUGCCACCAGGACUACAGGGGCAGAGUGUCUCCUCUGGCAGCUCUGAGAUAAAAUCCGAUGAUGAAGGCGACGAGAACCUGCAAGACACGAAAUCUUCCGAGGACAAGAAAUUAGAUGACGACAAGAAGGAUAUCAAAUCAAUUACUAGGUCAAGAUCUAGCAAUAACGAUGAUGAGGACCUGACGCCGGAGCAGAAGGCAGAGCGCGAGAAGGAGCGGAGGAUGGCCAACAAUGCCCGUGAGCGCCUGCGGGUCCGAGACAUCAACGAGGCUUUCAAGGAGCUUGGGCGCAUGGUGCAGCUCCACCUCAAAAGUGACAAGCCCCAGACCAAGCUCCUGAUCCUCCACCAGGCUGUGGCUGUCAUCCUCAGCCUGGAGCAGCAAGUCCGAGAAAGAAAUCUGAAUCCAAAAGCAGCCUGUCUAAAAAGAAGGGAGGAAGAGAAGGUGUCCUCGGAGCCUCCCCCGCUUUCCUUGGCUGGCCCACACCCCGGAAUGGGAGACACAUCAAAUCACAUGGGACAGAUGUGAAAGGGUCCAAGUUGCCACAUUGCUUCAUUAAAACAAGAGACCACUUCCUUAACAGCUGUAUUAUCUUAAACCCACAUAAACACUUCUCCUUAACCCCUUUUUUGUAAUAUAAGACAAGUCUGAGUAGUUAUGAAUCGCAGACGCAAGAGGUUUCAGCAUUCCCAAUUAUCAAAAAACAGAAAAACAAACAAAAAAAAAGAAAGAAAAAAGUGCAACUUGAGGGACGACUUUCUUUAACAUAUCAUUCAGAAUGUGCAAAGCAGUAUGUACAGGCUGAGACGCAGCCCAGAGACUGAAUGGCAAUCUUUCCACACUGUGGAACAAUGCAUUUGUGCCUAAACUUCUUUUGGAAAAAAAAUAUAAUUAAUUUGUAAGUCUGAAAAAAUAUUUAAUUUAAAAAAAUUGUAAACUUGCAAUAAUGAAAAAGUGUACUUCUGAAGAAAACUACAUGAACGUUUUUGUUGGUAUUCAAGUCAGCUAGUGUUUAUAAUUACUGGAUAUUGAAUGGGGAAGCUCGGCUGCCCUACUAACAAAACCAGCAAACGUCCUGAUGACAACGAAGUGAUGACAUUAGCCAUUCCUUAGGGUAGGAGGAACAGAUGGAUCUUAUAGACCUAUGACAAAUAUAUAUAUAAAUAUAUAUAUAAAUAUAUAU